CCGCUAGUUGGCUAAACGGCAUCGACCCAAACCAAAAGCAGAGAGGGAGAGAGAGCGAGAGCGAGAGCGAGACAGAGACAGCAGCUUUUGUCGACCGGGUUACCUCACCUGGCACACACGCACUUACACAACCUCGACCGGGGCGCAGAUAAUCCACGAUAAGACGUUCAAACUGCGGGGAGAACAGAGCUAGCAUCGAAGAACGGCUCCGUCGUUGGCGAAACAACUCCGUGCAUAUACGUAGUUUUAGCUCGCUAGCUCGGCUAACGACGCUAGCACCGAGAAGAAAGGCCUCGUCGAGUUGACCCAGCGUCAAUUAUUUAACGGAGAGCGAAUCAUCCUGGCAUAUCACCGCCGACCCCCUCAGCGCUUGGAUCGGAAACCGUCAGAUUAAAGAGCAGAACAUCGAGAGAGGAUGGCCCUGAAACGGAUCCACAAGGAGCUUAAUGACCUGGCCCGUGACCCCCCAGCGCAGUGCUCAGCCGGCCCAGUGGGCGAUGACAUGUUUCACUGGCAAGCCACGAUCAUGGGACCUAGUGACAGUCCAUAUCAGGGAGGUGUUUUCUUCUUGACAAUUCAUUUUCCAACAGACUACCCCUUCAAACCACCGAAGGUUGCAUUUACAACAAGAAUUUACCACCCAAAUAUUAACAGUAACGGCAGUAUCUGUCUGGAUAUUCUCAGAUCACAGUGGUCUCCUGCACUUACUAUUUCUAAAGUUCUUCUCUCCAUUUGCUCACUCCUAUGUGACCCGAACCCCGACGACCCGCUAGUGCCAGAGAUCGCACGAAUCUACAAAACAGAUAGUCAGAAGUACAAUAAACUAGCUCAGGAGUGGACAACAAAGUAUGCCAUGCUUUAGGAUACUCCAAAAUGGCAAAAGAAUGGACACAAAAGUAUGCGAUGUGAUGGCACAGUUCGGAAAGCUGGUGGAAAAUGUUAUUGCUGGUUCAAGCUUAAAAUUCCAGGAUCCUGUUUUUUCUUUUUCACUUUAUCACUAUUAUUAUUAUUUGUUUUUUUUUGUUUUUUUUUUUUGGUUAAUCAGAGCAUUUUACCCCCUUUUUUUUUUUUUUUGUUUGUUUGUUUUUUUCCCCCCCACCUGCGCGGUCAUAAGAAGAUAGUGUUUUCUCUCUAGGACACGUGCCAGUUAUCUGUGAGGUUUCAGCUCCUGUUUUGUACGGAGUUAUUAACAAAAAAUAAAAAAUAAGAUUAUGGUUCUGAGCACUCGGCUUGAGCAUGCACCAGUGAGAGUUUUUCAACCCGAGAUUGGUGAUGUUAGUCAUUUUCCUCUGCACACACUUAGUAGAAUCUGAUGCAGCCAAUCAACGUCCGGUCGCUAAAAACUUUGCCAUACGCUGGGUUUCUAAGAGCACUUGUAGCAAAGCCUGUGUUUUGCCAUGACCCUGAAUUUUAAAGUUUCAAAUUGGCCUAAUUCUGCUGCGUUUUAUUGGAAAUCUAAAAAUACAAAUUCUCCGAAAGGUUCGGGAAACGUUUCGCGUCUCCUGGACCGGUGUUUUUCUUCUGAUCGAUAGUAUAGGAAUCUAUUACCUGAGGAAAGAAGUGUAUCUUAUUCCACUAUCAAAGUGUGUGUACAGAGAAGCACAGCAGUAUAUAUCAAUGUUAAGGAAACAAAAUAUAAGAACUUCAAUGUUGUAUUUUAUGCAUGUUAAUAAAGGUAGGCUAUUAUAUCUGAUAUGUUUCUGCAAAUUAAGUGGAUUGUAAAGACUGAACAGUUGGACAAAUUUGGUCCCCCUCAAAAGCUUUCUAUUUCUUUCAUUCUGUAUUUUCUUUUUUUUUCCUUCUUUAGGAGCCAGUAGAUGAGCAGUUAGUUUUACGCCCACUCGAACACUGUCUUCUUGUAGCCCUAAAAUAUUGAUGCAAAGCUAAUGGUUGAUAAUCAACUUGUGGCUCUGUUUCUUUUUAGUUUUCCCCUCAAUAAAGUUACUUAAACCAUAAAAGAGAA